CUCUCGAUCCAUUCCCAAUUCCCAUUCGUUUUAGUAGUCCAAAGAGCAGCGAAUGUCUCAAUCCACUCGAGCUUAAACAAAUCGCGGCAAAUUUGUAUUUUUUUUCUCUUGGAUUUUAUGCGCAAGAUUACGUUGCGAUCCGUGGCUGAUGGGUUGAAUUCGACCCCGCCAGCUGGGUGUGCUGAGAUUCCUAGGAGAGGAGGAGGCGAUGGCGCCGCGGCCGCACAAGGGGCAGGAGGAGGAGGAGGAGGAGGAGGAGGAGGAGGCGGAGGCGGCGGCGCUGCGUGCGCCGGCGGACGUGAUCGCGCGGGUGUUCUCGCAGCUGGACUGCGUCGACCUCCUCAGCUGCUCGCUCGUCUGCAGGCAAUGGUACCGUGAUUCCGCGGAGCUGCGAGAGGAAUGGAGAAAGGAGUACAUGGAUGCCUGGAACCAGUUUGGUCUCCAUGUCAAGCUGGAGCCACAACCGCCAUGCCCGAACUGCUCAAGGUCAAUCAAAACCCUGCGAAGCUUGUGUUCCUGAGCAUUUUUCACAAGGCCUAGCAGAUGGCGCCAGUGCUGUAUUGCAGAUGAGCCAUUGUCGGUUGCUGGCAGAUUUGUGUGUUUGGGUAAUGGAAUAUGUAUGUACAUGGUUCAUAAACUGAUGUAGGUACAUGGCGAAUAACUAUUCUGUAUAAUUGUACUGUUGAUUGGUCGGGAAGUUCAUGAACAAAAGCAAACCAUGUUACAUACUGGUAGUGAUACUAGUGUCAGCAAAAGCAGCAUGAGCUACAAUAGUUGAACAGUCGUAUCAUACUGAAAUCUGCCAGUAAUUGAGUUACAUGCA